AAAAAGUAAAACCGGAAUAACGGAUGCAAACCCACCCCCUUUCCGUCUUCCCCCGUUUCCAUCACUCAGUCCCAAUAUCCAAGAAACUUAACUUACAUGCAGUACACGCGCUCUCCAAAAGCAACUGAAAAACAAUCUUCUCUUCUGAUCCGAUCCGCCGUAUCCCCAUGAGCUCUGGCAAUUCCUCAUCCUCCUCCGUUGGCGAUGUUGCGUCCGGCGAGCGUGGACCUCCACCACCUUCUUCGGCCAAGCAAAAGGAGAAAGCCAGAGUCAGCAGGACUUCAAUGAUACUGUGGCACGCUCACCAAAACGAUGCCGCUGCUGUUCGGAAGCUUCUUGAGGAAGAUCCAUCGCUUGUCCACGCUAGGGAUUACGAUAGCCGCACUUCUCUCCAUGUUGCCUCACUCCAUGGGUGGAUCGACGUUGCCAAGUGUUUGAUCGAGUUUGGCGCUGAUGUCAACGCCCAGGAUCGAUGGAAGAAUACGCCUUUGGCCGAUGCAGAAGGAGCAAAAAAGCACGCCAUGAUUGAGCUUUUAAAAUCAUAUGGUGGUUUGUCCUAUGGCCAAAAUGGAAGCCAUUUUGAACCAAAGCCUGUUCCACCACCCCUACCAAACAAGUGUGACUGGGAAAUUGACCCAUCUGAGCUCGAUUUUUCAAACUCAGCAAUUAUUGGAAAGGGAUCAUUUGGGGAGAUUUUGAAAGCCUAUUGGCGUGGAACACCUGUAGCUGUCAAGCGCAUUCUACCAUCCCUUUCAGAUGAUAGAUUGGUGAUUCAGGAUUUCAGGCAUGAGGUUAAUUUGCUAGUGAAGCUUCGCCACCCAAAUAUAGUCCAAUUUCUAGGAGCUGUCACUGAGAAGAAGCCCCUUAUGUUGAUCACUGAGUAUUUACGAGGGGGUGAUCUUCAUCAGUACCUUAAGGAAAAGGGUGCACUAAGUCCUUCAACAGCCAUUAACUUUGCAUUGGAUAUUGCCAGAGGCAUGACUUAUCUUCACAAUGAGCCAAAUGUUAUUAUUCACAGAGACCUGAAACCAAGGAAUGUUCUUUUAGUCAACUCCAAUGCUGACCAUUUGAAAGUUGGAGAUUUUGGACUAAGCAAGCUCAUCAAAGUUCAGAAUUCUCAUGAUGUUUACAAAAUGACUGGCGAGACAGGGAGCUAUCGGUAUAUGGCUCCUGAAGUUUUCAAGCACCGGAAAUAUGAUAAGAAGGUUGAUGUUUUCUCUUUUGCGAUGAUACUAUACGAGAUGCUUGAAGGGGAACCACCACUUGCAAAUUAUGAGCCUUAUGAAGCAGCCAAGAUUGUGGCAGAGGGGCACAGACCAACAUUUCGUGCCAAAGGAUUUACCCCUGAACUGAGAGAAUUAACAGAUCAGUGUUGGGCUGCUGAUAUGAACAGAAGACCUUCCUUUUUGGAUAUUCUCAAGCGGCUUGAAAAGAUUAAGGAAAUUUUACCUGCAGAUCACUCUAUAAGGAGCAUAUUCAAUGCAUAACACUGAGAAAGAUGACACGGCCAAAUAUAAGAUAUAUAAGAUAUUUGCCACUCAUUUAUCAUUUCUUGAACCCACAAUUGUGCAGAUGGAGUUAUGACCUGUGAAUAGAUUCAAUUUAGAAAGAUUGUGAGUUACUACUGUUGCUGGUUUGUCACGAAAUGCACCAGAUUUUCAGAGUCAGAAUUGUUAUUCACUGGUCUUUUCAUAUUGAUCUCAAGUGAGCCGUUCAAGUAAAUAUCAUUCAAUUAAGAUGCAUAAAUAUGUUCAUUCUCUGACAGGUAUUUUCCAUUGUUUUCCAAUUGUAAUUUGCUGUGAUUUUGUGAGAUAUGAGAGUUGGCAACGGUAAAUGUUCAAACUUGUGAAGCUCCUAGGUGUUUUUCUUGUAUAUGCAAGACUUCAUCUCAUAGAAGUAGACAUUUACUUUC